AUGCCGCUGAGAGGCAGGGGCUGGCAGGGGUUCCUGGUGUUUCUCCGGUACCAGUGUUACUACGAGUACCCGCUGCUGACCUACCUGGAGUACCCCAUCCUCAUCGCACAAGACAUCGUCCUCCUGCUCUGCGUGUUCCACUUCCACGGGAACGUGUACCGGGCCGCGCCCUACAUCGCCCUAUUUGUGGCGUCUUGGUUUGUCCUUGCCCUGCAGAGGUGGAUCAUGGACCUGGCCAUGAAUUUGUGCACUUUCAUCAGUGCGGCCAGUAAGUUUGCGCAGCUGCAGUACCUGUGGAAGACCCGGGACUCCGGGGCUGUGAGCACUCUGACCUGGGUCCUCGCGUCCUACACCUGCGUCACAAGAAUAAUAACAACCUUAAUGACCACCAACGAUCUUACAAUCCUUGUGCGUUUCGUGGUCAUGCUGGCGUUAAACCUGUGGGUGACAGCUACAGUUCUUCGCUACAGGAAGACGGUUGUCAAGGCUGAAUGACGGACACGUGGUUCUUACACAAAGUGCAUUAUGAGAAAUGAACCAGAGAGCUUGUUGCUAAAUCAAGUUCUUUUAUAAAUGUAGUCAAUCGCUUCCGAAACUUUUGAGGCCAAAGGUAUUUUAGACUUGAAAGAGCCAUUUGAACACGUGCUUAAAAAUUAUUCCUCCCCCCUCCCCCCACUUUAUUAGGCCAAGUUAGGGCUUAGACAUCUGCAGUGUUGAGAAAGUUGGUGGUUAUUGAAAAUCAUCCAAGAACCCAUUUGGAGAUCACUUUGACUCUUAAAUCUUAAAAGUCAUGAUUAAGGUCUCUCCAAAGAGCUGACGACAUCUAUUUUCAGCUUUUGGAAUCUUUUUAGAAAUAAGCCCUCUCCACAGCACAGAAGAGCAUGGGGCGGGAUUGUGCUCUGUCAGAAGUAGAACUGUAAUAAAUUACCAGGGUUCACUUUCUGGGA